AUGAUCAACUUCUUGCAGUCCAUACAAGGGAAAUCGACCAACCAACCCCAGGACCCUGACAGACCAUUUACUACGCUGCAAGAUCUCCUUCCACCAUCAGCUACGCUGCCUUUUGUUGAAUCCGCGGAUGACAAGGCCGUCGACAAUCUCUUGAGCUUCCUACCCCCCACGCUUCUUCUGUUGGCCGCCGAAGUGGAGGAUGUGCCUGCCGAGGACAGCUCGGAGAUCGCGUCAGCGGUCAUGGAGUCUCUGGAGCUGUCGCAAAAGAAGGGCAUUCUUCGCAAAGUGCUACACUCGCCUCAGUUCACGCAGAGUCUGGCGAGUCUGACGACGGCCAUCCGAGACGGCGGUCUACCGAGUAUCAGCGAGGCGCUCAAGAUUCCCGUUGAAAAUGGAGGGUUCAUGCGUAGGGGAGGGGUCCCACUGGGCGGAGGGGAUGCUGUCGAGACAUUCCUGCAAGGCGUUCGGAACCAUGUCAAGGACUCGGCUCAGGGCAAUCCGAUGGAGACGGACUGA